GUUACCUCUUUGCUAGUUUUACUGCCGCUGAAUGUGAACUUGAACCGCCAUGAGAAAGUCGGCGGAGUCACGUUUGUUUAGUCCGGACACGUUCUUGUACCAAUGCUGGUUAAGGGAAACGAAAGUUUGCCAUAUUUCUUCAUUUGAAAUCAGAUUUUUGGUUCAGCAGUAUGCGGUUUAAAUUGCAGAAAGCUACGGUAGCUAACGAUUCUGUUUAGGAGAGGACCACUACUGAUGCUGCUGCCAUGCAGUCAGUGUUGAGCUCCGAACAUCAAAAGUCUCUGAAUUCUGGUCCAUCUGUACCAUACGCCCUUUGGCCAGUGGACCUCAGGUUAACUCACCUGGACUGGAACCCAGAAGCAACUCUGAUACACUUCCAGGGACAGUACCAUACCAUAUGUGAACUUGAUUAUACCAUCUUGCAAGGAGAAAUACAGAACAUACCUAAGACUAAAGCUGUAGUCGAUGUCGGAGAGUUUUGCCUUGUAGAAGAUUUGACUUCAGCUCGCUGGUACAGGGGAAGAGUUCAAAACCGAAAAGAGGACUUGUUUGAUGUUUACCUCAUAGAUCACGGUAAUGUCUUGAGUGUCGACAUCAGCCACAUAUCUUCCUGUUCAAACGAGCUGUUCAUCCUGCCUCCCAAGAUAGUUUGCGGCUUUCUUGCGAAUGUACUGCUGCUUCAAGAUUGUUCUCAUUCUGUAGUGGAGGGGUACUUCUCAAACCUGAUCGGAAGAAAUGUCACAGGUUACAUCCAAGCUUUCCUGCCCCACAAAGUGCUAUUAUUAGAAGCCUCUGACAUCAACAUCGACCUUGUUAGACAUGGGUUUGGGAGACAUGUGGACACAGAUACUUUCCUCCUCUUGGUUGAGAUGCUCACAGAGGUGCCGCUCAAACAAAACUUAGAGCCAGUACCUGACUUACUCAUAGAAAAGCCGAGGGGACAAGAAUUUAGCUUCAGUCCGCCUGGUUUGCAGGGAUACGAAGACAUUCUGUCCUUCUGUGGGCCUAGAUUGAGUUGUGGGACACGUGUUAAAGUGCGUGUGACGGCUGCUGUCAAACCUGGGCUGUUUUACUGUCAGAGGAUCUGUAUGGACACAGAUCUUUGGGAAAUGUCACAGAAGCUGGCUGCAGUUUGUGAGCACAGAACCAAAGAACACAAUCAGGAGACUCCAGAAAACCUGGGUUUGCUGUGUGCAGUUAAAGGCAAAGAUGGGAAAUGGCAUAGAGGCUUUGUGCAGUUUCUCCCAGUCAACUCUCAAGUUAGAGUUCUGUUCAUUGAUUACGGAUUCUUUGAAUCUGUCAAAGUUGAAAAUGUCCACAGGUUGACACCUGAUUUCUAUUCACCACCCAUCAUGGCAUUUCCAUGCUCGCUGUCUUCCCUGAAUGAUCAAGAUGAGUCGGUCAAAACCCAGCAGUUGAGUUUUCUCAAGGCAGGCUUGCUUGGAAGAUUGUUAGAUGUAGAGAUCAGAAGUUUUGACGAAGGACAGCAUCUGUACUCUAUCACAGUAAUAGGUGCUGAAGAUAACCGUGUGAAGGCACCAGAGCCCAUUCUAGAGCAUCCAAGAACAAAGGUUGAGACAGAACAAGUGUCACCUCGGUGUGGGUAUUUAAAAUACGAGACAAUCAUGGGCGAAGAAUUGGGUAAAACAGUGGAAGCAGAAGAGGUGACGGUAGACUCUGUCUUUGUGGGCUAUGUUGAGCAUGUCCAGAAUCCAAACCAUUUCUGGAUCAGAACACAAAAACGCAAUGAUGAGUUUGAAGAAAUGAUGACAAAAAUGGCAGAUCACUUCAGUCAAGUGAAGCUGGAUGAAGACGUACUGUUGAAUCCUGAGCUUGGGACGAUGUGCUGUGCAGUUUAUGAGGAAGACAUGCAUUUCUACAGGGGUGUAGUGACAGACACUCUUGUACAUGGAGCGGAAGUUUUUUUUAUCGAUUUUGGAAACAUUGAGAAAGUGCCAUACAUGUUAAUCAAGAAGAUACCCGAGACAUUUGCCAGCAAAUCAGCAUUUGCAUUCUGUUGUACUCUUGUUAAUGUGUUUCCAUUGGAUGAAGUGUGGACCAGUAAUGCCUCUGACUUUUUCAAAAGAGCCGUGUCAAACAAAGCCCUACUUGUCAAUGUUGUCCAGAUGAGAAAAAACAAAUUUGUUGUUGAUCUCUAUGAGAUCGGAAGUGACAACAAUCAAAGUAUCUCCAAGCUCCUGAUCUCUUCCAAACAAGCUGACUACUGGAACAACAUUCCCAUACAGCCUGUGGUGCAAAAUAACAAAGAUAUGUCAGAAACAACAAGGUGCCCAAGAUAUAGUUUGACAUCAGACAUCAAUGGGAAUGCAGAGCAAUUGGAGGAAGAGAAAAUGUGCAAAAAAGAAAUAAACAAGGCCCAACCUCCUGUUAUCUUCAAAGAAUUAAGCAUCAAGCCUGGGUGCGAGUUUGCUGUGUGUUGCUCGUACAUCAGCUCUCCAUCAGAGUUCUGGUGCCAGCCUCUAGAUAAAAUUCCAGCUUUGGAGGAACUGAUGGCUGAAGUUCAGCAAUAUUACUCGACUCAUACUGUCCCCCACCAGUCUGGUGAUUCAUGUUGUGUCGCCAAGUCACCUCAAGAUGGAAGAUGGUACAGGGGGGUCAUCAUAGAAAAACAGAAAAGUCUUGCCAGAGUGAUGUUGGUUGACUAUGGCUAUACCAUCCAAAUAAAGGAGCACAAUCUUCAGGCAGUAAUGCCAGAAUAUGUUUAUUUGGAAGGACAGGCUUUCAGGUGCAGCCUUUACAACCUGAUUGAGCCUGCUGACCCCAAGAACUGUGGGAAAUGGAGUCCGGAGGUGUGCAACUUGCUGAAAGAUUUUGUCCUCUGCAACACAGGUGGUCUGAGAUGUAAAGUUGUCUCCCAGUGGAAUGUGAAAAACAAAGGCCUGUGCAAUGUUGUGGACCUCUACAAAACCCAAACCCAACAGAGCAUAACAGAUUUGCUCUUGGAAAAGGGCCUGGCAAGAGAAGUGACACUCUCAACAAAGCAACUGUCAACGAUGUUUCCUGAGUCUUUUGUUUACUCGUCAUAUGAUCUAAGUCCUGGAAAGGAAGAACAAGUAUUUAUUACUCAUGUUAGCAGUCAGUGGGAGGUCUACUGCCAGCUUGAGAGAAACAGUGAAAUCAUAGAAGAACUUGAAAAGAAAAUCUCAGAGGAGAGUGAGAAAAUGAUGAAAGCCAGUACAAGAGCUGUUUUGAGGAAGCUGUGCCUGGCAAAAUACUUUGAUGGCAAAUGGUACAGAGGCUUGGCACAUCCUGUUGAGUCACCUCUGCAUCUUGGUGUGUUUUUUGUGGAUUUUGGAAACGUAAACAUAUCGGAGAAAACCCAGGUCAUGUUUAUCCCUAGAGACUCUGAUUUGUUGUACACACCCAUGCAGGCUGUGAGGUGCAGUCUUGCUUCAGUGUCCAAGGAGGAUCUCUAUGCAGAUGUCAAUGAAUGGCUUGAUGGCACAAUCCUCAACAAGCAAGUGAGAGCCAUCAUAGUGGAAAAGACCGAAGAUGGUUCAUUUGGUGUUGAACUGUUUGAUGGAGAUGUUAACAUCAAUGAGAAGGUAAAGGAGCUCAUUCUCAGUCUUUCACCUAAACCAAAGACAGUUGUGAGCUUUGACAUUAGUAGCACAAAGACAAAAUGCAAAACUUCCCAAAGAAGAAACCCAAAGGCUUCACUCAAGUGCAUGAGUCAUCAACAUAAAAGGCGAAUGGCGUCUUCAAUUUCUCCCACAUUGAAUGCCCAUAGAGGCACUACGGUUGGGAGAGCACCCUGCAAAAAGAAAGACUACACAAAAAACUGGGAAAGUGGGAAAGCCCACAACAAGAACACAAAAGUGAAACAACAAAAUGAUGACAAUACAAAGAGCUGUGUCCCUCUAAAGAUUCAGAAAAGCUCUCCAGUUAAACAACAAAAAGACUGCCGUGAUACAAAAACAAAGUCCGAACAACCACAAUAUACAAAGGAAACGGAUGUUCCUCAGCUUUCGUGUUUGCCUGACAUGAAAGUGAGCGCAGGUUUCAGGGCAUUGUGUUUUGUCUCACACAUCGACUCAGUCUUAAGUUUUUUCCUUCAGCUGUCAGAGGAUGAACCUGCCAUCUUAAAAAUGGGUGAAGAUCUCAACUCAAGUACGUUGAGAGAUUCUUUGAAGACCGCCACAUCUUUGAGAAUCGAUGACCUUGUUCUGGCAGAAUAUGAGGAAGAUGGCGGUCUUUAUCGUUCUGCUGUGAAGGACUAUGAAGGAAGUUCCUGUUUCAAAGUUGAGUUUGUGGACUAUGGCAACUCAACAGUUGUGAAGAAGGAGAAGAUCUACUCCAUACCAAAGGAAUAUCUCCCUCAGCCAAGAUUUUGUGUAUCCUGCUCACUGCUUGACCCAAGGACAUACAAAAAUGAUGCUUCAUUCACGGAUGCUGUAAUGGAGAAGCCUCUCAUGGUUGAUUUUGUCCGUCCAUGUGGAAAUCAAUGGGUAGUUAAGGUUGAGAUUCUUGAUGGAACCGUUGGUCUUCCAGCAGCAGUUGAAGCAGCUGUUGAGAGUAGCACUGAAACUGAAAAGGAAGAGGAGGCUCCUGCAAGUUCACCUGUAAUAGAAGAGAAAGUGAGACCCUGUGAACAGAACGACGUGAGAAAAGGACUGAGUGAGAAUGAAAUCACUAAAUCUGAAAAGAAUAUACCUACUUUUGAUCGUGAAAACUUGCUGAAACAACCAGCUGCCACACGGUCACCCAAACUGAAGGUAGUAACCUGCUUGCGCCAUAGAAGAACACCCAUAAGAAACAUGGUUAAUUCUAAGAAGAAUCAAAGGAAACUAGUUAAAUCCUCUGUCAAAGCGAAGCGUGAUUGUGCAGAUGCAGUCAAACCUCCGACUAUUCAAGCUGGAGACACGGAGAAUGGCACAGUUCUGUCGGUCCUGAGUAACAGCUAUUUUUACAUCAGACUAAAUAAGACAAGUGACCUACUUGUUGCAUUGGAAAGUCGCAUAGCUGACCUAUACAAAUGCGAGAUGGUGGCUGAAGAGGAUGUCAAACAAGGCCUCAAGUGCUUAGUUCAGCUACACAAGGACAAGCAGUGGCACCGGGCAGUUGUUCAACAUGUAGGCCGGGGAAAAUGCCAGGUCCUGUUUGUGGAUCAUGGAAUUACAGAAGAAAUUCCAAGUGGCUCAAUCCGACGACAGUGUAGAGACCUGACAAAAAUCCCCAACCUUGCCGUUUUGUGUAAGAUGAACUGCCUUGGGUUCAGUGAGGUAGAGGGUGCAUACAAAUUGUGGCAUGAAACUCUCAAACCAAUGAUAGGCAAAGAAGUCAAGCUGGUGUUUGUGUGUUAUUCAGAAGCUGAUCAACUUUGGAUGGUUGAAAUAGUCAUAAAUGGACUAUUCCUCAUUCGUCAAAUCACAACUUCACUGCAACAGAAUGAGGAGUUGAUGUCGUCACCUGCUGAAACCCGAAAUGAGAAAGCAGACGGAAUAUUCAACUUGGAAACAAGCCCUCCUCAGCAACUUCUUGUUGCUCCUAUUGAUAUAGACAAAGCAUAUUCUGGCUUUGCUUCUGCAGUGACGACUCCCGUUGAGUUUUGCGUUGUUCUGGAGGACUUGCAUCUAGUCAUGAACAAGGUGUCAAUGAUGAUGGACGACCUCCCUGGGCCGAUGUCUCCUCUUCCUGAAGCCCACCUCGUCCCUGGUACCUGCUGCCUGUUGAAAUCAGACACGCAGAACAAGUGGUGCAGGGCCGAAAUCGUACACGCCGACACCACAGCGGUCCUAAACCUUGUGGAUUAUGGCCUUUAUGAAUAUAUGCCAUACGAAGACUGCUCUAAGCUGAAGAGGCUUCCAGAGGAGAUAAUGAACCUCCCAAAAGUGACAUACCCCUGCAUCCUGAGAGGGGUGAAGCCAGUCGGAGUGGAUGGACAGUGGACCGAUGAAGCAGCGUUCUUCUUCCAGCAGUGUUUGUACCAAAAGAACCUUGAGAUCUUCUUCAGAGAGUUUGUGUCAAACACACACUGGAAGGUGGACAUUCUGGCUGAUGGCGUCCAUGUUGCCGAGAAGCUGGUGGAUGCUGGACAUGCCAAGUACAUAGACAUUGUGCUAGAACUGAGGUUCCAGCAGCAGAAACUUUGUAAUGCAGCUCCUCAUAGCCAUGACAGUGAGGAAGAGUGUGGCCAGGAAGAUGAAGGCUCUUACGGGAAGUCAGAUCUUACUGUUGAGUCUACUGAUGAAGCAAAGGGGAAGAUGCCACUCAGCGAUGUGCCACAAUCUGGUCAAUGUUUUCUGAUGUGAAGGCAGCCUGGUUGUAUAUUGUCUCUAAAAUGAGUGCCGAGGCCCAGCAGCGGUUCCUUAUUACCCACCUUUGGAUUAAUCCAAGUGAGAUGCUGCUUCUUGGAUGUUUUGGCUAAACGUUUCAGUCUCAGUACUUUGAGUGUGAGAGGUGCUCCAGAAACAGUCACAUAAAAGUGAUUUAUUACACUUAAAAUUAGCAGUGCUACCUUACUUUGUUACUUUAUAAACAUACUUGUAUUUAGUUAUGGUGAAACUGAUUUAUUUAGUUUUUUUGACUUGGUUUGAGUGACUUUUUUUGAAGAUUUGUUACAUCAGCGGCACCUUGUUAUUUUCCCAAGGAGCAUGAGAAAUGAGUUUUAAUGAGUUAAUUUUACAGUUAAUAUAAUUUUAUUAUGAUUCAAAUUACUUGCUCUCUUUGUACAGGGUCUUUGCAUUAAUAAGGUACAUACAUUUUUCCAUUCUGUUCAGUGCUUUGUUUAAAAACGAAUUUGGACAGUAAGACCUACAGUGUUUAUUUAAUGAGGUGAAAUAAACAAUGAAGUAGCCAUACAAAGAUUUUGUUAAAUUAAUUUUAAAUUAGGUCUACUUUGUGAAUUUUGACCAAGCUACUAACUCGUAAUUGUAACAGUUUGAAAUUUUUACAAUUAGUGCAAUGUGCCUGUUCAGGUGCAAAAUUAAAUCCUCACCAAUACUUAUUUUGUUCUCAUGAUAUAGGUGUGGGACAGGUUUAUUUGGGUUGUGGGGGAAAACUGAAGUCUUGAAUGGCCCCUACAGAAAUUCCAGUUCUUGCUCCACCACUAGAGUGCGCUGUUGAGUCAGGAUUGAUUGUUCAAGACCUGGAUCUGGCACAGCUGUUGGACACUAUGUAUCCCCAAUCAUUCAACCAGUUUUAAGUGGUGUCUGUUUACAUUAGAGUUUUACUUGUGUGCUCUGUGAAUGAGGAAGGAACUUUACUGUAUGUGAGGCGCAGUAAUGGCUGUCAAACCAGGGAUAAACCCAAAUUGGUGUUACUUGUUAUGAAAAAAAUAUACAACACAAGAUGUUU